AUGUCACUUCCUAUCCAUAAAAGAUAUGAAAUCGUCUUCUUGGUCAAACAUCGAUAUGGACCGCAUUUUGGGAUAAAAAAAGUAGCAAAAAUUGUUCAAUGCAGUACGUCAACUGUUAAAAGAUGGUUAGCUCGAUGGAAAGAAGACAAAUGUCUUGAUGAUCAACCAAGAGAAGGUCGUCGUCGGAUAACAACAGAAGAAGAGGACGAUUUGAUUGUUGAAACAACAUUUGAUAUAGAAGAACCAACUAGCAAAAAAGUUCGAGAUCAUGUACAGAAUGAAAACGUACAUGUGAGUGAACGAACAGUCCGUCGAAGGCUCCGGGAAGCUGGACUUCGAUAUUCAUCACCAUUAUCAAAACCUCUCCUGUCAUUUAAACACCAGCAAGAUCGUUUAGAAUGGGCACAAUUAGUUAAAAAUCAAAAUUGGUGUAAAGUUAUAGCAACAGAUGAAACAACAUUUCGCUUGAAUACCGUUCGACGUAUGUAUUGGCAACUGCCAGGUCAUCGUACCAUUAGAAGAACGGUUAAAUUUCCUUUGAAGGUCAAUGCUUGGGGGUGUAUGACUUCCAAAGGUUUUGGUACAAUUAUAUGCUUUAAAGAAAAUCUUAAAAGUCUUUUUUUAUGUAAUCAUUUAUAUCAAAAUGGAUUGUUACCAACAGCUACACAUUAUUUUGGACGAAAUAAAGAUUGGGUCUUGAUGGAAGAUAAAGACCCGAAACAUCGAUCUAAAUUGUCGAGGGACUGGAAGGUGCAACAUGGUAUAAAAGACCUGCCAUGGGCAUCUUUCAGUCCCGACAUGAACCCGAUGGAAAACCUUUGGUCGAUUCUCAAACUGAAAAUAUCAAUGAGAAAACCGUCAAAUAUGAAGCAAUUAAUCAACGCGAUUCAUAAAGAAUGGCGUCUGUUGCCGAAGGAACUGGCGGAAAAUCUUAUGCUUAGUAUGAAUCGCCGUAUCGAAAGUUUAAUUGACUCAAAUGGUGACUAUACAAUGUACUAA